CAUUCUCAUUGUAAUCAUCGAUUGGUUCGUUGAAAUUUUUAGUACCAAAUUAGCCUCCUUCCAUCAUGAUUAUGGACUUCAACAUGCCCUACUAGGAAUUAAAUUUUGUUUAGCUAGAGGUAUAAGUAUGCCAAUUUCUCUAUCUUCCUUCUUCAAAAGUACAAAUUUUGGGGUUUUGUGAUGUGAAUUUUGAUACUACCUUAUAGUGAAAUUCAAUGGAGCAUUCCGACGAUCUUUGCAACAUAGAAGGGAACGGAAAUGGGAGAGGUAAUAACGGUGCUUCCGGUGCUCCGUCAACAUCGGCCGCGACUAGUUCUGCUUACAAGUUGUUCGGCCGGCAAACCUCUUUCCACCAGAUGAUGGGCGGCGGAAAAGCUGCUGACGUUAUAUUGUGGAGGCGGAGGCGUGUCUCUUUUGGCAUCAUUGUUGCUGCUACAGUUGCUUGGAUCAUUUUUGAGUAUUCAGAGUUACCUUUCUUAUCAGUUUCUUCUGAUGUUUUACUGAUUCUGAUAGUUCUGCUCUUUCUCCGUGCAAACUAUGCAGCCUUCAGGAAGAAACAACUCCCAGCAUUACCAGAGUUAGUCUUGUCAGAAGAAAUGGUUAAUAAUGCUGCAGCAUCAUUUCGGGUCAAAAUGAAUUAUAUGCUUCUCAUGGCUCAUGAUAUCACUCUUGGCAAAGAUUUCAAACUAUUCUUCAAGGUAGUUAUUGUUCUGUGGCUUCUAUCUGUCAUAGGAAGCGUAAUAUCUUUCUUCACACUUGCAUAUAUUGGAACGAUAGUAUUCAUUACUGUGCCUGCCUUGUAUAAUAAAUUUGAAGACCACGUGGAUCGAUAUGCUGGAAAGAUCCACAGGCAAUUUUCAAGGCACUACAAAAUAGUGGAUGAGAGCAUUAGCAGGCUGCCCCGGAGUAUCUCCAAGAACAAAGAACUAUAGUCUUUUUUACCAAGUAGGAGCAUGUUGAUUUGCAUGAGAUAAAACUUUUAGGUGUGCAUUCCUUUAGUUCUGAUUCUCCUUUUCCAUAGAAUGAGAAUGAUCUUGAAAUCGUUCCUGUUUCCAAACUUCAAGUUUGGAUUUUCAGAAUUAAGCUAACAAUGGCAAUUGUCACCUACUCUCACCAUCUACGCUGUCCUAGUGGCAGGUGUUACAUAGUACAGAUUUUUGUAAACAUAUUGUAUUAUUUUUUGUGUGUUGUUGUUGAAAAGUUAACAUCUCGGAUAGACAACUCUUUCUUUUUUACAAGUUUAACAAGCACUUCAAAAACUGAA